CUGAAAACCCCAACCUAGCAAAGGGCAGCAAGAGAGGCUUAAGCUCACGCAAUUGAAUAAUGGAAACCUUGAGACAAUUGAGCAUUGGCUUCCCCACUCUUCGCAUCUCCCCAUUUCUCUCCCAUAGAACCUUCCAGAAGCUUCACCCCUCCGCCGCCGCCGCCGUCUCCCGCGCUGUCACCUGCUCCGCUAGCAAAUGGGCCGACCGCCUCCUCGCCGACUUCAACUUCGUCGGUGAUCCUUCCUCCUCCUCCUCCGCCACCGCCACUCUCGCUCCUCCACUCGCUCCCACCGAGCGCAAAGUGUCCAUCCCCCUCGACUUCUAUCAGGUCCUCGGCGCCGAAACGCACUUCCUUGGCGACGGCAUCAGGAGGGCUUACGAGGCUAGGGUCUCGAAGCCGCCUCAGUAUGGCUUCAGCCAAGACGCCUUGCUCAGCCGGAGACAGAUCCUCAUGGCUGCCUGCGAAACCCUUGUCAGCGCGAGCUUGCGGCGAGAGUACAAUCAGAGCCUCGUUGAAGACGAAGAGGGCACGGUCCUCACCCAAGUCCCAUGGGACAAGGUUCCAGGAGCUUUGUGCGUGUUACAAGAAGCGGGAAAAACUGAGGUGGUUCUUCAAAUUGGGGAGAGUUUGCUUAGAGAGAGGUUGCCCAAGUCGUUCAAACAAGAUGUUGUUUUGGCAAUGGCACUCGCUUACGUUGACAUGUCUAGGGACGCCAUGGCUCUGUCCCCUCCUGAUUUUAUUAGGGGUUGCGAAGUUCUCGAGAGGGCUUUGAAGCUCUUGCAGGAGGAAGGGGCCAGUAGCCUUGCGCCUGAUCUACAAGCUCAAAUUGAUGAGACACUGGAAGAGAUUACCCCUCGCUGCGUUUUAGAGCUUCUAGCAUUACCACUAAAUGAUGAGUAUCGAUCGAAAAGGGAAGAGGGCCUUCGCAGUGUGCGCAAUAUUUUGUGGGCUGUUGGAGGAGGGGGGGCAGCUGCUAUAGCUGGGGGAUUCACCCGGGAGAAUUUCAUGAAUGAGGCCUUCAUACGUAUGACAGCAGCUGAGCAGGUUGAUCUAUUCGUAGCCACACCAAGCAACAUCCCGGCCGAAAGUUUUGAAGUGUAUGGCGUGGCACUUGCCCUUGUUGCUAGGGCUUUUGUUGGUAAAAAACCUCAUCUCAUCCAAGAUGCGGAUAACCUAUUUCAACAACUACAGCAGACAAAGGUAUCGUCCCUUGGAACUGCUUUCAAUGUAUGUGCCCCCAAAGAAAACCGAGAGGUAGACUUCGCUUUAGAGAGAGGCCUCUGUUCCCUGCUUGUAGGGGAGCUUGAUGAUUGUCGAUUAUUUUUGGGGUUAGACAGUGAAAAUUCACCGUACAGAAAUCCAUCUAUUGUGGAAUUUGUCUUGGAGAAUUCUAAAGAUGAUGGUGACAGUGAUCUCCCUGGGCUUUGUAAGCUAUUGGAGACCUGGUUGAUGGAGGUGGUGUUUCCAAGAUUCAGAGACACCAAAGACAUAUGGUUCAAACUUGGUGAUUACUAUGAUGAUCCUACAGUCCUUAGAUAUUUAGAGAGGUUGGAUGGAGCUAAUGGUUCACCUUUAGCUGCCGCAGCAGCGAUAGUUAGGAUUGGGGCAGGCGCUACAGCAGUUCUUGAUCAUGUAAAGUCCAGUGCAAUUCUCGCAUUGCAGAAGGUGUUUCCUCUGGGUGACAGGGACAAGAAUUUAGCACAUCAAGAGGAUGGCGAGAUGAGUCAUUUCCUUCUCCCUUCAGAAAGCGAAGAAUACCCUCUUGAAAAACCUGGUCAAGAUGAUUCUUCACAUGUGACGGAGAUUUCUGGAAAUGAUCAAUCUGAUGAAGUACGUGAAGUGGGAUUGAUUACAGACAAUAUUAAAGAUGCAAGCGUGAAGCUCAUGUGUGCUAGUGUGGUGAUUGGAAUGUUGACUUUGGUUGGCUUGAGGUUUUUACCUGCUAGAAGUAGCACUAUUCGCAAAGAAUUAGGUUCAGUGACGGCAUCUGAUGCUCUCAGUUUAGGGCUGUCAGGAGUUAAUGAAUCUGCUGAGGAAUUACCCAAGAUGGAUGCAAGAAUUGCUGAAGGUCUAGUUCGUAAAUGGCAGAAUAUCAAAUCUCAAGCGUUUGGGCCCUAUCAUUGUAUAGGAAAAUUUGCAGAGGUUCUGGACGGUAGAAUGUUGAAGAUAUGGACAGAUCGCGCCUCCGAGAUUGCACAACUUGGUUGGUUCUAUGAUUACUCUCUUUUGAACCUGACAAUUGACAGUGUAACCGUCUCACUGGAUGGGCAGCGCGCUGUGGUGGAAGCAACUAUUGAAGAGUCCACGCAGCUAACUGAUUUGCUCCACCCGGAGCAUGAUGACUCGAACACCAGAACAUACACAACGAGAUACGAAAUGUCUAGUUCCAGUUCCGGGUGGAAGAUUACUGAAGGAGCUGUUCUAGAAUCAUAAUGCCAUUAUUUGUAAAAUGUUGAAUGUGUGUAUAUGCCUUAUUCAAAAUGUUGGAAUUUGUCAACCGCAUUUUACCCCCAUGUAAUUUCAUCCAGAGUAUUCCUGGUUUCCGACCAAUAUUGUCAAAAUUCGUUAUUCAAGUCUUUUCCUGGUUGCCGUAA